CACAAAUUGAGCGCGCCACUGAACGACCAGCGAGUGAAAGCGGAACACGUCUACGGUGUUUUGAAUCGAGCGGCACCACCACCACCAACCACCAACCAACCACAACAAGCAAACCACAAAGAUGUCUGUUGCGAGUGUGCUUGUGCUGGGCUCGUCGUCCAAGUGGCGACGGCAGCAGCUGGAGGAGCAAGGAUACACGUUUGAGGCCAUGGCGGCGGAUAUCGAUGAGCGCGCUGUGACGGUGGAUGGCGACGAGGACGGGCGUGGUGUGAGCGACCCUUCCAAACUCACGCUGGCCAUCGCCAACGCAAAAGCCGACGCCCUCGUCCCAAAGUGUCCACCAAACAGCUUCCUCAUCACCAGCGAUCAGGUUGUGCAUUACAAGGGAACGAUCCGGGAAAAGCCAGAAACGCCCGAGAUGUGCAAGGAGUACCUUCGCAGCUAUGAGACGGUGCCGGCAACGACAGUGACGGCUGUCGUCGUGACAAACGUGGCGACGGGAGAACGCUUCCAGCAAGUGGACAUUGCAUCGCAACAGUUCAAGCCCAUCCCAGAGGCAGUGAUGGAUGAGGUCAUCGAGGGAGGCAAGGGAGAUGUCAUGUACUGCUGCGGUGGUUUCAUGAUCGACCACCCGAAGCUUCAGCCAUACCUGGGGGAGAGAAAGGGUUCCGAGGACAGCAUCCUGGGCAUGCCCCUCGCUGUCUUGGAGUCCUUGCUGGAUAAGGCCGGCUACAAGAAGGAGUGAUCUAGCGAGACAUGUGGCAUGUGACGUGCGUGAUAUGUGACACAUGACUAAUGUAACGAAUACCCUUGCUUGCUUCCACCUUUCAUCUCUCUCUCUCUCUCUGUCUUUCUGUCUCUCUGUCUCUCUUUUUCUCUCCCUGGCCACACACUGUUAUCUUGUCUUGGUGCAUCAUCGACUGUCUGUCUCUGUCUGUCGAUUCGACACACCCACAUGAUUGAAGUUCACAUCACAACCCUGUUGUGGCACCCCAUUAAAUUGCAAGGCACAUCGCCUGCCUGAUGCCCGC